CCACGAGUCGCGUCUGACACUGCCGGAGUUGCCCGCCCUUGGUGAUGAACGCCGAUGACUUCGCAGCGCUUUGCCAAGAAGUUAUCGUUGACAUGGACACGACAUGCACUAUGAUCGCCGAGGAACUGUCGUCGAUGGUAGAUCCUUCCGACUACCUCGCCGCCAUCCUCGAAGUCGUCUCGUCAUCGACUGUCGAAGGUGACGCAUUAGAUCGCCUCAUCGCCGAUUACAUGCCGCAUUUUGUCCGCGUCGUUCUUGCUCGGUCGUUCGGCGACGACUGCGCGCCCCACGUGAAUGAAUUCCUCCAAGUUACUUUGGAAUGUGUCAUCCAACGCCUUCGUGAAGGCGACCCGUCCAUGAUCCCGACUAUGCAUCGCAUCUUCGACCACCGCCGUCAAUUCUACACUAGCCGCCUCACGGCGAAAUCAUCAUCGACAAAUGAAACCUACGAUUAUGCCGCGUCCGCGUCGGCGCUAGUCCAUGCUGACGUCCUCCGGAACAUCAAUUUCUUUGGGGAUCAAGGCGGAUUCCACGUCCUCUUGUGCAACAUCGACGUCCAUAUGGCGUUGGAUGAGUCCUCUCCAACGUCCGCAGACAACAACCACAACGAGCAUGACGACAACAAUCGCGUGUUCGACUCGUUUUCUCUCGACGCCCUCGUGUGUGCGCUGAAUGCAGUGGCCGUGGCCGUGGACUUGUUCACCGACGCAUUUGCCGUUCGCUUUCUGGACGACUUGACCACCGCGUUGUGCCACUACGUCCGACGCACGCCAGUGCCGCGGGAAUCGGUCCGCGAACUGGACGAAUUGGUGACGCUCUUGGCGGUGCGGGUCGACAAGUCAACCGAGGCCCCGCGGCGGUCGAGUGUCGUCCUUGUCAAUGAAUUUCGCCUUGAGAUGGCGUUGCAAGGGUUCCGCGGCCGGACCCUGGAACGCCGUAUCAACGGCCUGACCGACUUGAACGACGCGUUGAAGAAUUUGUCGGCGGUGGCGGGGACACCCACAUGGACUUGCCGGCAUGUCGUGGCUUGGCUCGACACUAACAUGGUGUUGGACGAUCUUUUGGGCGAAGCCAUGCACCCCGAACUCGUGAAGCGAGGGGGGACUGUGUUUGAGUUUUACAUUCAUCAAGCACUGCUCCUGCCGUCGCACGUGACCCGCCUGUGGGCCGUUUGCAUCGACACCCGUCGCCACGCCACCACGUUGGCCGCUGUCCACGAGCUCUAUUUGGACGUUGUGACCCACGUUGCUCACCAACCCCCCAUGACUGACCACGUGUUUGGGCUUCUAGACGAAGUUUCUCAGCUGGAGGCCCAUGCCUUAGCAACGCUCCGAGUGUUAGCGACCUCUGGACAGUUGGCACGUGUUGUGUCGUGGCUGUGGUCGGCCAUGAAGGCCAACAAAUGCUCAGGCGACCACGAUGUCGAGGCUGCGUUGGCACUUCUGGAUGAAUUGAUCGUGCAAGAUGGGACGUUGCUUAGCCAGUUGCUUGUCGAUUGUGUUCAAACCGUGGAAGGACGGGGCCAAGGGCAUGACGCGGCGCUCUGGUUUUUGUCGCAACUGAGUCGGUUGAUGUCCGAAGGCCACAAGAUUGAGCUGCUCGCCGAACAUAGACAUCACGUGAACGUUUCGUUUCUGUGCACGUUGCUAGAUGAUUUGACCGCAUACAAACAGCAAUCGCCAAAAGGGAACCACGCCGAUCAAAUCAAGCGACGAUUACUGGCGUUGCACGGCAGCUGGAUCUUGGCCUCCUCGAGCGGCGCGUACACACUGACAACCAACCAUUUAGACUUGUUGUGGGGCCAUUGUGUGACACAUGCAACUUCCCCCGAUGAAUCGUCGCUGUUCUUUCAAUGGAUUCGACUAUGCGAAACAUUGGUACCCCAAAGCCACGGGCAAGUGGUGUUGCUGUCGCUGCCCCUCCAGCGCCACCUCUUGACCAAGUUUCAGUCGCUCGACGGAACAUUCGUCACCCAGGACGCACUCGAGUGCUUCCAACUGCUAUUUGGCAAAGUCAAUGCGGCCCAGAACUUCCUGGACGACUCGCAUGUUGUGUGUGCGCCAUUGCAGUCGCUGGAAGGGCUGUCGCAGCUGUGGCACCUGGCCAUCCACGCGUCCGACGUGACAGUUGCCGAAGACACCAUCUCGACGUUGGUGGGGUAUCAUUUAGACGUCGUGCCGUCCUUGUUGGACGCGUCGAAGCAAGUGUUUGUGGACACGGCCAUCGACUUCUUUCUCGCCGCCAAAUCGGCCCAAGGCGUGGGAAAUCAUGUACUUCGCGCGAACCGAUGCAUCGACCUGCUGCGGUUUUUCUUGGAGGCAUGUGGGGACAAGGCCGGCACCGACGAAGACGAGCUGACGGUGCUGCCGUCCCCGAUGAAAUACGCCGGCGGCAGUGUACCACCGCCGCUGUCGCCGUCCAAAGUCAAACGCGCCAACUUGCAAUGGCCGCCCCCGCUGUCCCCGACGACGACCCAAGGACCCGAUCAACGCGACACGGACGUGGCCGCCAUCUUGAUGGAGUUCCAGCCCACUCCCGAACAAGUCCAGAACGACCGCACGUCGUCGCUUCAGCGCAUCGACACCCAGCGGCCGGCCCGCGUGCACCCCCUCAGUUCGGAGCAAAUGGCCCUUGCAAUCCAAGCUAGUGGAGACCGCUGUAUUGGUGGCCCACCCCCUUCUGAGGCAUAUGGUACGAUGCAAGCGACGGUGGUGAACCAUCCCCAUUUCUUUGACGCGUUGUUUUCCAUCUUGGAUUGGCCAGGCGACACGUCCGAGCGGGCGUGGGAGCUGCUUUGCCGGUUGCCGUCGAAUCGAGCGCUGCUGCAGCACAUGGUGGUGCUGCGGGACUCGCGCACAUCCAAGGUUCCGUGGCAGUCGCUGUUGGACACGUCCAACAUUCCCCGGCUGCUCUACGGCCUGCGCCUUGUCGAGGCUCUCCUCAAGCCAUUGACCGCCGAAUGUGAAAGUCACAAGCACACGCCACGUCGCCAAUGGCGCGAGCGGUUUAUCCGGUUGGGGGGCGGACUGCACUUGUACACGGCGUUGCUACACUGGAGUCAUACCCCUUCAACUAGCCCCGAGACUGGCUUUGCCCAAGACUUGCACUCGACGUGCUUGGCGCUGCUGGCCACCACGUUGCAGUACUUCAUCACGCUGGACUCGACCCAGUUGGCUUCGUCACCUUAUGACGUGGCAUUGGGAGAGUCCACGUUGCCAGCGUUCAUCGCCCAGCUUUCCCUGCACAAAAUUGCGGCUCAAGCUGUGACGAUGGUUCGAACGUCCCCCGAAGCGAACGCGGUAGUGGUGGUGGCUGCGACACGGCUGCUGUUUGCCACCGUGAGUGCGGAGGACGUGGUCCAAUGGACAGAUGCCGACUUGAAAGAGUUGGUUCUGGACCUGAGCGUGCGGCACCCGUCAAUUCGAGCCGACUUGUGUGCACAAUUGGUGUCGUUUGUCGUGUCGCACGCCGACGUGCUCACCAACAUCUCGCGAGUCACAUGUGACUUGGUUGUCUGCGGUACAGUGGCCAACGCCACCAAUGAAUUGCCCGAGUUGCUCGUGGCAUUGCUUAGCCACGGCAUAGCACCGACGUUGAAAUCGUGGAUGCACGACAGUCGAUUUGGCCAACGCUUCCUAAGUCAUGUCACGUCGCAUCGUAGCACCGACACGUGGAGCGCGACCGACCACACGUUAGCGGCGUACCUUGGCGUGUUAAAACUAUUGGUUCAUGCGAAAGUGUGUCCAGUGGCAGACGCUGUCGAGUUGCUACUGGACACGUGUUUGUUCGGGACAAACACAUCGUCGAACUCUGUGCUGUGCAAAUCGUCCGCUACAAGAGCAGUGGCCUCCGACUUGGUGGUGGAAUUGGCAGCGACCGCGUCGGUGUGGGCGAGUAGCCUCGCGCCUCGGGUAAGUCGAUUCCAUGAUCAAGUUCGAGACGUGCUGGAUACCCUCGGGCGGCCGUGGAACUUGACACCCCGCGACGAAGCGCGCGACGGGGUCACCGCUGCGGGGCUGUACAACCCAGGGUGCAUUUGCUACAUGAACGCACUGCUGCAGCAACUGUUCCACGUGCCAUCGUUUCGCGAAUGCAUUUUGGCCACGGCGGUCGACCCGACCGAGUCGUCGGCGGCCGAGGAAGUGGCCGAGCUGCAAGCGGUGUUUGUGUCGUUAAUCCACACGACCCGCAAGUGGCACGACCCGAGCGCGUUCGGCGUGUCUCAUCGCGACGUGGACGGACAGCCCACGGACCUCCGCGUGCAAAUGGACGCCGACGAGUUUCUCGGCAUGCUCUUGGACCGCGUCGAGUCGGUGCUGCUAACAAAGCCAGCGUCGAAAAUGACCAUCGGAACGCUGGGGUUUGGCGGGCAGCUCGUCAACCAGAUCAUCACCGAGCACGGCCACGUGAGCGAGAGAGAGGAGCCGUUUGUGGUGCUCAGUCUGGACGUGCAGCACAAGCCCAGCAUCGAAGCAUCGUUGGGGAGCUACGUCCAAGGGGAGACGCUGGAAGGGGAUAACGCGUACUUCUGCGAGGUCGUCAAGGAAAAAGUCCGAGCGACCAAGCGUGUGUGCAUCAAAACGCUGCCGGAAACCCUCGUGGUGCACCUCAAGCGGUUCGAGUUUGACUACGACACGAUGGAAAAAGUCAAGCUGAACGACUUCGUCGAGUUCCCGACCCAGCUCAACAUGGCACCCUUCACGGCCGAGGGGCUACAGCGCGGCCCCGGCCACGACGAAGCGUGGUACGCCCUCAAGGGCGUGGUCGUGCACAGCGGCACGGCCGACAUGGGCCACUACUACUCGUUCAUCCAAGAUCGAGCCGAGUCGACUGACUGGUGGGAGUUCAACGACCAAAUCGUGCGGCCGUUCAGUCUGGAUAACUUGACGGACGAGUGCUUUGGCGGCGACGAGGUCGUCGACAAGUGGGACCCCGCGACUCGGGCGUAUGCGUCGGUGUUGCAGCCCAAAAAGCGAAGCGCGUACAUGCUGGUGUACGAUCGAGUGAGCAAAACUCCCGUGGAAAGCCCCCCCCUUCCCGUGUCCUCCACGGCGUUGGCGCUCCAAGCCAGUGUGCAGGUCGAAAACGAUCACUUUGAUCGUCUCUUGCAUGCCGUGGACGGCGCGCACAUUCGUUUCUUGCUAAGCCUGUGGCCACAAGCGCCUGCCGAGCAUCAGCCGCCCCUUCUGCGCGCCAUCAUGGACCUGGCAUCGCUACUGCCCGCUGGGUCCACGGUUGUCCCUGCGCUGGAUGUCCACAGCGCGGCGGCAUCGAUGGGGUCGUGGUUCCUUCACCAAGCCACCGAAGUCAUCAUGCCCCACGAAAGCGCACCCGUGGUCAUCGGCGACUACGCCCACCGCCGCACGUGGUUGUUUGACAUGACGUUUCUAUGCCACGAGCCCUCUGUUCGCCACGCGUUCUGGGACUUGGCCCUUGCCAGCGUACGCCACGUCAUCGCCACCGACGCGGACGUGGUCGCGACCUUUUUGGAUCACAUCGUGACACUGUUCUUCCAGCGCGACUCGAUCGAGGUGUCUGCGUCGUGCAUGUCGACCGUUGUGUCCAACGCCGCCCUGGGCGCGGCGCUUCAACCCGUGGCGGCGUUUUUGGAGGCCACCACCGACGGGGACAGAGCCGUCGACAUCGCGCACGUGUUGGUAGAGCGUUGCCACGUCUUGCAUCACUUUUGCGCGUCGUUUACAGUGGACGACUGCCCCGAAGGGUACAUGCAACCAACGGCGCGAGUGGCCACCUUUCCCAUCGAGCAGCGGUUCCUCACGCGGCUGGUGGAGGCCGGUCCCCGCGUGCCAUCAGUGGACGUGGACUCGUUCGUCGCUCGCACUGCGUGCAUCCUCUCGUGCGGGUUUGAAAAGCUCAUGGCAACUGUGGUGGCCCACGUCGUGGAGGACGAUGCCGACGUGUCGCUGACAGUGAUUCGAGCACUGCUCGAUGUGCUGGAUCAGGUCAAGACGACGCACUUGGAGGCCAUGUUUGACGUCUUCAAUGCGUUGCUUGGCGUGGCGGAUGCCCACUCGUCGCUGCGAGCGGCCGCGCUGCUGUCGCCCGAGUCGGGGCUGCUGGAAGUCGCCGAGUUUUUCAAACUCCACCGCACACUGCACCAGUACACGUACUACGUGCUCGAGUUUUGCUUGACGAGUGAAGUGCCCGCCGUGGUCGAGUACCUCAAUGACGUCAAAGACCAAGUGCCGUGGGUACGGCCGUGGAUGUGGAGCUACCUACGCGGCGACGUACCCGUGGGGGACUUAACCGCCGGCGACGACGACACGGACGUCCAAACGGUCCUGGAGCUCAUGGAGCAGCUGUUUGGUCAGCUGGGGGGCAACGACCAAGAUGACGAAGAAGGUCCCAACCAAGAAGACGACAAAACUGUGGAAUUGAAAGGUAAACAUGGGGCGAUGUCUGUAGGCAAGUUGGUCGACUCGAGCGAAGGUAUUUUGCAUUCCAACAACCCGGCCGAAGUCGAGACGUAACUCACCAUCCACGGAUGGGGGAUCAUAUAAUUGUAUUUUCGUUUGUGGUUAUUACAAGUCAAGUGUCGUGGGGUCGACGGAGGACGCACUCGAAGUGGGACGCGACGGUUGUUUUUUUUUCGACGGCGUCGGCUUCUUUCGUUGCGGAGGGACGACCUUUACAGACGUCUUGGGUCGCCGGGGGUCCUUGGGUCCACCUGGGUCGACCGAUAACGAAAGCAGUCGAGAGCGGGGGGAGCUGGCG